CUACCUGUUACCUUCCUCAGAAGAAGAGCGAGACUACCGCUGUAGACGGCCCUUAUUUAAUUUGUGAAUGGCUGGAAUCUUCUACCUUCGGAUUCGAGAGUCUGUAUCCCCCUUUGAACUGCGGCGGCUUGCCCUACAGCUGAACAGGUACAUGUUGAAGAUUAAGGGAGCUGUUCCUGCAUCCAUAGAAAUGAAGGCUUAAAUUACUAGUCUCUUGAAUUUUGGAUUUACGAAUGAUCAAGGACCUAAACAUAUCCUCUAAAGUGUUUGCUCUGGAUUUAGUGGCUCUUGAGAGUGCAAGCUGUGUGCCACUCCCUGCUGUUACCUGACUUUUGCUGUGCCAUGGAUACUGAAUCAACCUACUCUGGAUAUUCCCACUAUUCAGGUCACUCCAGAAAAAUUCAGACACAAGGGAGCUGGGACAGGCAGAAAUCACCAUGGAAUAAAGAUGGCAAUCAUUCAGAGAAAUCUGUUACCAUCCAGACCCCACCUGCAGACCCCUUGGUGGAGAAGGAGUCUUCUCGAGCAGAAGAAAUGCAAGAUGAUAAUUGGGGUGAAACCACAACAGUCAUUACAGGUACUUCAGAACACAAUGUGUCCCAGGAGAAUAUUGCCAAGAUCAGCAAGGACUUGGAGGACAGUGGUUGCCUAGACUGCAGACGCCAUCUCAUCAUAACUGUGGCAGCUGUCCUGGGACUUCUUGUUUUCCUUACUCCCAUUGCCUUCAUCCUGCUCCCGCAGAUCCUGUGGAGAAACGAUUUAGAGUCAUGUGGCACGGCUUGCGAAGGACUUUUUAUUUCUGUGGCAUUCAAACUUCUGAUCCUCUUGAUUGGUACCUGGGCUCUCUUUUUUCGGCAGCCCAAGGCCAACCUCCCACACAUGCUUGUAUUCCACACCCUAAUUUUGAUCCUCAUAUUUCUACUACUCUUUUCCUACUGGCUCUUCUAUGGCAUUCGCAUUUUGGAAUCUAAAGACAUCAGUUACCAGGGAGUUGUGCAGUUUGCUGUGUCACUAGUGGAUGCUCUUCUUUUUGUUCACUAUCUUGCUAUUGUGGUGCUGGAGCUGAGACAGCUGCAACCAACAUUUACACUCAAGGUGGUUCGAUCAACCGAUGGAGAAUCGCACUAUUAUAACUUGGGACAUUUGAGUAUCCAGCAUGCUGCUUUAGUCAUUCUGGAAAAUUACUACAGAGAUUUUGCUGUCUAUAACCCUGUGCUGCUAACAGCUUCCAAAGCACGAUCAACGAAACAUCGGGCAGGCCUGAAGGUCCAUGGUGUGGAUGGGCUAGAAAACAAUGCCACCGAGCAGUCCAGGGCCAUGGUUGCUGCUGCUGCUCACCGCAGAGAUUCUGGUCAUAAUGAACUCUACAGUGAAGAGGCUGACUAUGAGAAAAGGGUGAGAAAGUGUCGAGCAAGGCUUGUGAUAGCAGUUGAGGAAGCUUUCACCCACAUUAAGCGUAUACAGAUUGAAGAACAACAGAAAACUCCAGGGGAAGUCAUGGACCCACGAGAGGCUGCUCAGGCCAUCUUCCCCUCCAUGGCAAGAGUGCUGCAGAAGUACCUACGAACUACACAGCAACAGCACUACCAUACCAUGGAGAGCAUCCUACAACAUUUGGCUUUCUGUAUUGCAAACAACAUGACCCCAAAGGCUUUUCUGGAACGUUAUCUCAGUCCAGGCCCAACUCUGCAGUACGACAAGGAACAGUGGUUCUCCAAAAACUGGACACUCAUAAGUGAGGAAGCUGUUACCAAAGGUUUAAGAGACGGUGUGGUAUUUAUCCUUAAGGGCUUGGACUUCAGCCUUGUCAUUGUGGUGAAGAGAAUUCCCUUCAUCAAACUCUCAGAGGAGUUCAUAGACCCUAAAUUUCACAAGUUUUCCUUUCACUUGCAGUCUGAAACAUCAAUUUAAGGGACCUUCUAUGUUUGGGUAAGGGAAUUAAUAUUUCUGACUUUAUACAUUCAGGUCUGUAGGUUUGGGGGUUUUUUCCUGUUUUUUUCAGAUUGAAAUGCACACGGGACGGAUCAUGAAUAUUUUAACCAUGUGCACUUUAUUGGGAACGAGUGCGUAAGGGUGUUAGCUAAAAACACACGAGAGUUCAUGGACUGGUUUAACGAGUUCACUGGGCACAAAUGGCCACCAUUAGUUCUGGCAUAUUGCAAGCCAAUCUGACUCUCUGUGUUCCCUGCCACACAACCGCAGAUUAACUAGUUCAUCAUCAGUACUCUUGCCUGUAUUUCCCCUACAUAUAGUUCUUACGUAGAAUCUCAUUUAUUUGCAUAGAAUCACAAAAAACAAUCAUUUACUAUCUGCAAUUUGAAAUGCAAACUAUGCCUUGAGAGUCCAGCUGUAGGAGGACUAAUUGGUUUAAACUGCUCAUCUGCCUUCAUGUUUUAUUCAUCAGCAUUCAAUAUCCCUCAUCCACUUUUUUUGCUGUGUUUUGUCAGUUUGGAGAUUACAGUUUUUGAAAUGUUAUUGCUGUGGUUUUAUAAAGGUGUGAAAGAAAUUUGCAAUAAUCUUACUGGUCUAGAUCUGCUAGGGAAAGUGUUGUGAUCAUUCUCAUAUUUCAGUAUGUCUGUUUAUACAUCUUGAAAGGAAAUCCUUCUCCACUCAUUUGUAGACUCAUUAUUUCAGCAUUUUCAGUAUUACAGCUGCUUUGAACAAUAACAAUGGCCCAUGUCCAAAAUAUAAAGGAAUUCAGGAUCAAUACCUUGUUCGUUUUUGCACUUAAAUGUUUCUUUUGUACAUGCCUGCUUAUAUGUGUAUAACGUAUUUCCAAUCCUUAUAGGGUUUAUCUAUUAAUUUGAAUUUCGUCCAUUUCCACAAAUGUAUUUAUGCCAUUGCAGAAUAGUCAAGAAGUGUGCUUGUCACAUAAGAGAGACACGUAUAAGAAAUCAGCCUGAUGAUGAUUCGUCGUCAAAGUUAGGGCUAGGAUACAAACAUACAACUCUGGGUUUGUCUGCUCAUAGUUCUGUAGUGAGGCCAUGUUUGCGUAUUUUGCAUGAACCUCCACCUUCAUGUGCCAUGCCAUGUAAGCCAAAGCAAUGCUUUCUGUUUCUUCUUGGACAUACUACAGUAUUGUCAUAGAACUUGGGGCAGCACUUGCAUGGAAGUUCCCACUUACACAGAUGUACCUCUGUGCAAGCAGCCACUGCAUGUUGCUGAAAUUACUAUCAUGUACAAUGGACUCCUCAGUUUUGAUAAUUUUGUGUGUCAUUUUCACAUGUGCUACUGCAAGAUUCCCUUUCUUUUAUGGAAUGUGUGUCUUUGUGUGUGGGGGUAUAUUCCAUAAAAUGAUUAUAUAUACGGUUAUAUACUUGCGGAUAAACCCAUUUGCAGAUAAGCUGACACUCAACCUUUUUAACCAAAAUACUAUAAAAAUGUACCACCUGCAGAUAAGCCAAUUGUGAAAAUUAAAACAUGAAAAUUUUGAGGGUCAGCAUAUCUGUGGGUGGGCUUAUCCACAAAUAUGUACGGGUACUUUAAAAAAGUAUUACUGUGUAUGCUGGUGGAUAAACCCACUGACAGAUAAGCUGAACCCAAGUUGGGGGGUGCAUUUUAGAACCUAAAAUUCUCAGCUUAUCCACAAGUAUAUAUGGCAUAUCAAUUAUACUCCACCUAAUGAUUGAAUUAUUACUAAUAUGCCACUGAUAGCAUUUAAAUCUGGUAGUUGAUCCUAGGAAAUUUUCAGAUUACAGCAGGUUGUCAAGCGCUAGCAAUAGUUACAUGUGAAGGAUAUCAUGCUUUGAGCAUAUCCUAACAACAAACAUGGGGGUUU